AUGAUCCCCCCUCUCGUCUCCCUCGAGGAGCACUUCUUCUCCGCCGCGAUGCUGGCCUCCCCGACAGCAGCGCAAUACGGCGAGCAGUUCAAGCACAUCCCGGGGUUGCGCGAAAAGCUAUCGGACGUGGGCGCCCUCCGCCUCUCCUCCAUGGACGCCAACAACAUCUCGCUCCAAAUUGUGUCUCACGCCCCAGGCUCCCUGUCCGCAGGCGAAUGCAGGGCCGCGAACGAGCAGCUCUCACACGCCAUCGCGCAGCACCCGGACCGCUUCGCCGGCUUCGCCGUCCUGCCCGUCAGCUCGCCCGCGUCCUGCGCUGCGGAACUCAGACGGUGCGUUGAAGAGCUCGGCUUCGUCGGCGCCCUGAUCGACAACCACUCCUCCACCGGGGCAUAUUACGACGGGGCGGAAUACCUGCCUCUCUUCGAGACCGCCCAGGCCCUCGACGUCCCGAUCUACUUGCACCCAACCUGGCCGACCGAACCCAUGCUCAUAUCGCUCUACACAGGCAACUUUCCCCUGUCGGCAACACAAUCUAUCUCCGCGUCCGCUUUCGGCUGGCACUCGGACGUCGCGACACACAUCCUGCGGUUGUUCGCGGCCGGGCUCUUCGACACGCUGCCAAAGCUAAAACUCAUCGUCGGCCACAUGGGUGAAAUGCUGCCAUUCAUGCUGGCGCGCAUCAACCAGCUGUCCGUGCGGUGGGCCCCAGGCCAGCGAAGUUUCCAACAGGUCUACGAUGAGAAUCUGUGGAUCACAACGAGUGGGAACUGGAGUGUCGAUCCCAUGGCGUGUAUCUUGCGGAACACCAAGAUCGAGCAUGUGUUAUUCUCGGUGGAUUAUCCGUUUGCCAGGAACGAGGAUGGAGUCAGGCUUAUGCAGGAGUUGGAGGAGAGCGAGCUUGUGGACGAGAAGGGGCUCGAGUUGAUCGCGCAUGGAAAUGCGGAGGCGUUGUUGAGGGUGAAGAUGCGAGGGGGGAGGAACGAAGGUGGUGAUAGGGGCUCGUGA